ACGUGACCUCGCUGCCAACUAGAAGAAGGCCUGCACGGCAACAACAAACAUGGCGGCGGCUCCGCUCAGCUUCACCCUGGAGAGGUGCUGGACGGAGGACAAAGAGAGGGCGCUCAUUGCGUUUUUCUCCAAGAACAGCUGUCUGUGGAACCAUAAGUCAGAGAACUACAAGAACCGGGAGCUCCGAUGGAAAACUCUGGAACGCCUCAGGAUCCUGCUUUCAUCCCAGCCUCCUCCUGUUCCUUUUACAGUGGAAGAUAUCAAGAACAAGUUCAAGAAUCUUCGUACGACCUUUCAGCGUCAGUACAAGAUGGUCCGAGCGAGCGGGGAGGACGUAUUCAUGCCGCAGUGGAAGCAUUACCAGCAGCUGAUGUUCCUGCAGGGCUACUGUGAUCAGGAGGAUGGCGCCGGCAAGACGCCACCAACUGUUCUUAAGGAGGAGAACCAGUUCCCACUCACCUCACCUGGACUCAUCAUCUCCUUCCUCCCCUCCCCGGCCUCGUCCUCAUCCUCAUGCGUCCCCUCCAGCAUCAUUGGGAGAUGUUUCUGGACGGAAGAGAGAGAACGUGAACUCAUAUCGUUCUAUGCAGAACACGGCUGUCUGUGGAACAAGAAGUCAGAAAAUCACAACAACCGUCAACUCAGACAGAAACUUCUGGAAACCCUGAGGAACCAGCUCUCUGACCAGCUGGUGUCCUUUUCUGUGGACGACAUAAAAUCCAAGUUCAAGAACCUGCGCACCGUUUUUAACCGGGAAUACAAGGCAGUGCAGGCGAACAGAACCUCAGACAAACCCUAUGUGUCCAAGUGGAAACACUACCACCAGAUGCUCUUCCUCUGUGAGUCCUUCGAGGAAGACGAGUCUCCUGACCACCUGCAGGUACUGAUGGUUCAUGAAGGAAGGGAUCCGGAUCAUCCGGAUCAUGGAAGCCAGACUUCCUCCUCCAACCUUAGCAGCAUCUCCAACAGCUCCUUCAAGACCAACAGCGCAUUGGUUCUCGGCAGCUCCACACAGAGUGAAAGUAAAACCAUCACCUGCUCUGCUUACGAGGUUUUCCUCCCCACUGCUCCAGACCUCUACAAACUAACAGAUCACGACGCUGCUUCCACCAUCCCCAGCUCGCCGUCCAGAUCUCUGCUGGACAGGAAGUCCUGUAGGACUUUGGUUCAGGCUGACGACAGUGUGAACACUGAAUCCCGGUGCCUCUGGAGCGAAGCCAAAGUUCAGCAGCUCAUCUCAUUUUACUCAGAGCACAGCUGUCUGUGGAACCACAGGUUGGACAGCUACAGGAACCGUCUGCUGAGGCAGGGUCUGCUGGAGACGCUGAGCGGCCUGCUUUCGAGCGACGAGCCCGUCCCAUUCACAGUGGAAGACAUCAAGACGAAGUUCAGGAACUUACGGACCAUCUUCCAGCGAGAGCACAAGGCGGUCAGCUCCAACAGAACGUGUGGGUCCGAGGACUUCUACCUUCCCAAGUGGAAACAUUACCUGGAUCUGAUGUUCCUCUGCGACUCGGGAGACGAGGAUCAGGAGCCUUUCACCCACCCGUCCCACACCUCCUACCAAACUGCUCCCAACCCCACCAUCUCAACACAGAGCCUGGAAGUCCCACCCUCACCGACUCCCCCAGACUCCCGGCUCUCCUCCCCCUCGUCGUCCUCCUCCACGUCUUCCUCCCGCAGCAGAGUGUCCGGCAGAAAGCGAGCGGCUCGGCGGGUGUUGACCUCCACCAGCGAGCUGAUGGAGCUGAUGAGGAGCGUUUGUCAGAACUGGACUGAGUCGCCGCACGCCGGCUUCUUGAAGUAUGUAGAGGAGUGUCUGAAUGAGGCGCCGCCGGACAAAGUCAAAAAGCUGAAGAAGAAGAUCAUUGAGACGAUCCAUAGCAUGGAGGAAGAUGGUUAGGGUCCACAUUUGAGUAAGUUGGACUAGUUCUGUUUUCCUGAGCUGAAGUCUUCCCACCCUGCAGCAGAAAAGACCCAAACAGAAGAUGGAUUCAGUGUUUCUUUGCAUUUUGUUGAAGAACAGACCACACCCCAAUGCUCUAACCUAGUCUUCUCCAUGGUUGAACCUACAGACAGAUGGCCCAGAAUCCUGGCUCCUCUCUCAUGCUUUCUUCUCACAGGUUUCCUACAGGAUUUAGGUCUGAAGACAGAGAUGACCAUUGAAGGAGGUUGAUUUAGUGUCUGCUGAACCAUUUCUGUGUUGAUUUGGAUCAUUAUUCUGCUGAAAGGCUCAAUGAUGAUCCAAUUUUUCAUUUUCUGGCUGAUGCCCCUAGAAUCCAUAUUUUAUGUCUUCUGGUGUUUCUAAAGGUUUCUUUCCAUUAUGGGUUCCUGAACAUUUUUCUGCAGAACUUCCCAGAACCUUUCCAUCUCCUAGGCCGUCUCUGAAGUGUGUCUCCACUUUACUGGGCCAUUUAUUAAGAUGAGCCUGAAUGGUUCCUGCUCCUGCAGGAGUGCUGCUGCUACCUGGGAACAAUGAUCUCCUCUCACUGCACCAGCAGAGACCAGAAUGUGAUCAAAAACCAUCAAAUCAGACCAAAGCAGCAUGUGUGGAAAAAUGUGGGGAGAGGGAUAAAAAAGAGCUCUGAUCAGGAUAGAAACCUGCUGCCUGAAGACAGUUUAUGUCAGUUUAAUGGUGGUUGAGCUCUGAAACUGAAAUUUCUGGGUAGUUUCUACCUGAUUUGCACUGAUUUGUUCCUGGUUCCUGCAGUGAAACUCACACCUUAAGAGUUCAUAAUGCAGUGGCUUCUAACGAGGUUCCCGGGAUAUUUGGUAGAGAAACGGACCCGCAGCAUCACAGAUCUCCUACCAUAAUUAACAGUGGGCAUGAGGUUCUUUUCUACACAUUCAUCCUGUUUCAGAGCAGACCCACCUGGAGGAUUUGUUGCUGAAAAGCUCGUUCCGGGUCUCUUCUGUCUGAAGCCCACAGUUUCAGUUAAAGUCCCAACAGAGUUUAGGAAACGCCACGUUUACGUUUGUGAUGGUGGGACACAGAGGGCUCCAGCUGCCUCUGUGUGGUGCAGCUUUUAUUUCCACCUCCCGUACCAUCCUGGUCACUGAGUGUGAUGGAAACAUAAACUUGGUUCCAGUUGGUCUCUAAACAUUGUAGUUAUUGCUCCGACUGUAGAUAUUUGCAACUUUCUGUCUUGCUUAAAUGGCCUCUUCUUUUUUGUCACAUCAUAUUAUUCCCAAGGGAAACAGGAAGUCACGGCCUACAAAUCAGACCUUCCUAGAAACGGAUCAUCUUCAGUAAAAAAUCAGCUGCAUCUGCUUUUAACAGAAUUGUUAGAUGUGUUGAAAACUGUGGCACCAAGGAUUCUGCUAAACAGUUUAAUUUCUCCACAUUUUUCAGGCUCUGUUGCUUUUUGUUAGCAACAAAUUCUCCCAUUUUUCUUUUAACAUAAAAUGUAUUGAUGCAUAAGAGGUUUAGGAAAGCAUCCAUAAAACAAGUCCUCUCUGUCUUCCUGCUGUGCCACAUUUUAAACUUUUAUUUAAACAAACUUCAGCAUUUUGCCACCAAACUGAUGUUUAGUUUAAAGACCUGUUCUGUCGGUAGGAAAAAACAGAAAAUGCUGAAUGUUUGUAAAUGAAAUUAUUAAUCUUUUGUUUUUUAUCCUUUAACAUAAAUAAUUAUUACGUAACGGUUUAAUAUAUAUUACCUGUCUGAAAUUGUUGAAUUUUAUUACAAAAAUUACCUUAUGAUCCCAGAGGUUAAAUGAAAAAUACUUUAAAUUCAUGUUCGUAUUCUGCUGUUUCUUUUAUUUAAAUGGAAAUAUUUUAACAACAUAUUUAAAGACUUUUUAAUUGCACAGUUACACCGUAAUAUUUUCUAAUUUUGUUUAACAUUUGUUUCAGACUGAUCCCAGUGCCUUAUCAGAAUCACCUAAUUAAAUUUAGAUGUAUAAAAAACA